UUCUCCAACAGCUAGGCUGCUUCAGAGAAUUGGGGACAUUAACCAGCCCAGCUGUUUAACAGAGGAAAGCGAAAUCGAGCGAGGAGGAGACCUAUUUGCAGUUCUAACUAACCCCAUUCUGCUUUUGGAGGCCAGAACAGAAGAGAUACAAAUUUAUUAUUGAUUCUCAGAUCGAAGUUUUUUUUUGUUCUAAAUGUAUCGUUUACAUUUGAACGUCUUUUGACUUUUGAAGCAGGUUUUUUUUAAAGUCUUGUUGUUAUUUGAAAUGACUGUGCCAAUGAAUUUUAAAUGGUUAUUUAAAAUCUGCACAGCCUGCCUGGUCCUACUGUCCCAGUCGACAGCUCAAGAUGCUCCUUCUCGUGCGAGCGAGGGGAGAGCGGAGGACAUCCCAGAGGGAGCCUCGACCCUGGCCUUUGUGUUUGAUGUGACUGGGUCCAUGUACGAUGAUUUAGUUCAAGUUAUUGAAGGAGCCUCGAAGAUUUUAGAAACCUCUCUGAGUCGACCCAAGAAGCCUCUACACAAUUUUGCUCUUGUGCCCUUUCAUGAUCCAGAGGUUGGCCCAGUCACCAUUACAACAGAUCCAAAGAAAUUUCAAUAUGAACUCAGGGAACUAUAUGUGCAGGGUGGUGGUGAUUGCCCAGAAAUGAGCAUUGCUGCAAUCAAGAUUGCAUUGGAAAUUUCCCUUCCUGGAUCGUUCAUCUACGUCUUCACAGAUGCACGGUCGAAGGACUACAGGCUCACUCAUGAUGUUCUGCAGCUUAUCCAACAAAAGCAGUCUCAAGUGGUAUUUGUACUAACUGGGGACUGCGGUGAUCGAAGCCAUGUUGGUUACAAAGUAUAUGAGGAAAUUGCUUCCACAAGUUCUGGUCAAGUAUUUCAUCUUGACAAGAAGCAAGUGAAUGAGGUCUUGAAAUGGGUAAAAGAGGCAGUCCAGGCGUCCAAAGUCCACCUGCUUUCAACAGACCAUGGUGCACAAGCUAUAAACAUCUGGAAAAUCCCCUUUGAUCCGAGUCUAAAAGAGGUCACAGUGUCUCUGAGUGGUCCUGCCCCUUCUAUUGAAAUUCGUGAUCCUACAGGAAAGUUGAUUAAGAAAGGAUCUGGUCUUAAUGAGCUUUUACACAUUACAAACUCUGCCAGGGUGGUUAAUGUAAAGGAUCCAGAACCAGGACUGUGGACCAUUAAGACAACAAGUGGUGGAAGACACUCGGUGCGAGUCACAGGACUCAGUGCCAUUGAUUUUCGAGCUGGAUUUGCCAGAAAACCAACAAUGAAUUUUAAAAAGAUUGGUAACAGACCUGUUCAAGGUAUACCAACAUAUUUACUAUUGAAUACAACUGGACUUAUUCCUCCUGCUAGAGUGGAUCAAGUGGAACUUCUUGGCAUCUCAGGCAUUACAUUGAAGACUAUUCCCUUAAAGUAUUAUCCUGACCGCAAACCUUACAGCAUCUUGAAUGUAACUGAAUUUAUUCCACCAGAUGAAGCAUUCUUUUUGAAGAUAACUGGUUAUGACACAGAGGGUUACCUGUUCCAGAGGGUAUCUGGUGUAUCCUAUUCCAACAUUGUUCCAGGUCCACCAAAGGUCGUGAUGCCGGCACAGACUCCAGGAUACUAUCUGCAGACAGGCUUUAUCAUAUGUAAUGUGGACAGCCUCAUCCCCUUCACAUUACGUUUCAGCAGAGCUGGUACAAAGCUAGGAACAGAUCAGUUUUUCAAGGAGUCUGCCACUGCACAUUUGGAGAUCCCUCAAGUUUCUGCAGUGCAUGAAGGGUUUUAUGAAUGCAUUGCAGUUAGCAGUGCUGGCACCGGGCGUGCACAAACCUUCCUGGAUGUGUCAGAACCUCCUCCAACUAUUCAAGUACCCAAUAAUGUCACGGUUAUUCCCAGUGAGAGAGCCAUAUUGACGUGCUUGACACUGAGUACAGUCCGCUACAACCUCACUUGGCAGAAAAAUGGUGCUGACCGAAGAUUGGCAGAAAGGCACAGGGUCCAAGUAAUGAGAAACCUGUCUCUGGAGAUCAAGAAUGUACGACCAAGUGAUGCUGGGCAAUACAACUGCAUUGCUGCAAACGAAGGAGGUGCCACACUUGCUUCAGUGUUCCUGAUAGUACAAGAACCUCCAAAAGUGACAGUGUACCCCAAGAACCAGACCUUCACUGAAAGAAAAGAGGUGCGAAUCAGUUGCUCCGUCACAGGCUACCCCCAACCACAUGUAGUCUGGACUCACAAUGAUAUGUUCAUUAUGGGAGCAAGCAGGCAUAUGCUAAGUAAAGGUGGAAGUCUAAUUAUUAGACAUGCUUCCCAGAAGGAUUCUGGAGUUUAUACCUGCCUGGCCAGUAAUCCUGCAGGGACAGACCGAGAAGCAUCCGUUCUCACGUACAUAGAGGCUCCAAAGGUCACUGUUGUCCGAAAGGAAAUCCUAAUUGGCCUGGGUGACACUUCAGUUCUGGAAUGCAAAACCACUGGUAUUCCAGAGCCAGAGGUCAAAUGGUUCAAAGGUGACCUUGAGCUGAGUCCUUCCAAUUUUCUGAGCAUUGAUAGUCAUCAAGGUAUUCUGAAGAUUCAGGGAACUCAGGAUCUGGAUGCAGGAGACUAUACCUGUGUGGCCGAGAAUGAUGCAGGAAGAGCAUCUGGUCAGGUCACAUUGGAUGUCGGUUCAUCUCCUGUUUUCUCACAAACGCCCCUGGAUAUUUCAGCAGACAUUGGUUCAAACCUGACUCUGCCUUGUCAGGCACAGGGUUACCCCAAACCACGAAUCAGAUGGCAACGGUUGGAUAGGGAGUCACUCUUUUCCAGGCACACUGGAAUCAGUUCAGUGACUCAGUUGAGAACAGGAAGCCUUUUCUUUCACAAUCUUUGGGUGGAUGAUGAAGGCACAUACAGCUGUGAGGCCGAAAAUCAGUUUGGAAAGAUUCAGGCUGAAGUCACAGUGACAGUCACAGGACUAGUCACACCACUAAUUGGAAUCAGUCCAGCAGUUGUCAAUAUCAUUGAAGGACAAGCACUGACUUUACCAUGUGUAUUAUUGGCUGGAAAUCCACUCCCAGAACGACGUUGGAUAAAAAAUAACUUCAAGGUGACAACAGAUGGGUAUGUGACUAUACGUAGGGAUGGGAGUCUUCAUAUUGAAAGGAUUCGCCUUCGUGACAGUGGGAAGUACACAUGCCUGGCUAGUAAUGUGGCUGGAACAAAGAAUAGAACGACUACUGUGAAUAUAUUUGUUCUUCCUACCAUCCAACAUGGACCUCAAGUAUUCAGUACGAUUGAGGGAGUCUCAGUCAAGCUACCUUGCAAAGCACAUGGUGUUCCCAAGCCUUCUAUAGUCUGGUCUAAGAAUGGUGAACUCAUAAGCCAGCACUUGGGGAAAAUCAGCACAGAGCCAGAUGGUGGUUUGUUGAUAUCUUCACCAACUGGUAAAGAAACUGGGGAAUUUGUGUGUACAGCAACAAAUGCAGCAGGCUACGCCUCACGUAAAGUUCAGCUGACAGUUUAUGUUAAACCAAGAAUCAUUACUGAGUCAAAAGGAUCUGAGAGAGGAAGUCCAAAGGAAGUAUCAGUGAUAGAAGGAGAGGAUGUCACAUUGUCUUGCGAAGUGCAAAGCUUUCCGCCUCCCAUCAUCAAUUGGGCCAAAAAUAUGCAACUUAUCUCUCCUUUUUCACCAAGACAUACUCAACUAUCCUCUGGAUUAAUGAAAAUUAUUGAAACCAGACUGUCUGAUAGUGGGCUCUACUUAUGUAUUGCAACAAACAUUGCUGGGAAUGUUACACAGUAUACUAAACUGACUGUAAAUGUUCCUCCACGAAUUCAACCUGGACCCCGUGUUAUAAAAGUCCAAGCAGGUCACAGGGUUGACAUUCCCUGCAAUGCAUGGGGUGUGCCAAAACCCACUAUAACAUGGUAUAGAGGAAGUAACAACAUUUGGCCAGAUAACAAACAGUACAAUGUGGAUGCUGAAGGCACACUGACUAUUGAGAAGGUCCAAAUCACUGAUGAAGGAGUUUAUAGUUGUGUUGUCAAAAAUGUGGCAGGUCAGCAUGAAGUAAAUACAACUGUCCAGGUUCAUGAACCUCCUACAGUUGAAGACCCAGGGCCUCCAUACAAUAAUCCUUUUCAAGAGAGAGUGGCAAACCAGCGUAUUGCUUUCCCCUGUCCAGCCAAGGGUAUCCCAAAACCUGUAAUUAAGUGGCUACGUAAUGGAAGAGAGCUGACUGGGACUGAGCCAGAUGUUUCCAUUUUGGAUGAUGGGACCUUGCUUAUUGACACUGUAUCACCGCAUGACAAUGGAGAGUAUGUCUGUGUAGCAGUCAAUGAGGCUGGAACAUCAGAAAGAAAAUAUCAGCUGAAAGUCCAUGUUCCUCCUGAAAUCAGAGAAAAUGAAACACCAGCCAACAUCUCAGUGGUCACGAACCAGCCUUUUAGCCUCUUCUGUGAUGUGUCUGGUCAUCCUAUUCCCAUCAUCACUUGGUAUAAAGAUGGGGUAUCUAUUGGGAACAGAAGCAUCGUACAGGUAUUGAAUGCCGGUAAAACAUUAAAAGUGCACAAGGCUGCAACUGGUGACACAGGACGAUACACUUGUCAAACUAUCAAUAUUGCUGGAACUGCAGAGAAGAUCUUCAAUGUAGAAGUACUAGUCCCCCCAAGUAUUAUGGACGCUGGUAAACCAAAUGAAGUGUCGGUGAUUUUGAAUCGGGAAACAAUCCUGGAGUGCAAAGUCAAAGGCAUCCCCUUCCCUAACAUUCAGUGGUACAAAGAUAACAGGCUUCUGUUCCCAGGUGACACCAGCAUGGAGAUAAAAAAUAAAGGGCAGGUACUACAUAUAAAGAGUGUACAGCUAUCUGACCAGGGUCACUACCAGUGCAGUGCAGUGAAUGCUGCAGGAAAACGAUUCAAAGAAUUCAAGCUCAAUGUCUAUGUUCCACCAAGUAUCAAAGGUGGUAACAUCACAACUGACCUGACAGUUUUGCUGAAUCACCCUAUGACCCUGGAAUGUGAAGCCCGUGGUAUUCCCCUGCCUGCUAUAACAUGGUACAAAGCUGAUCGACCAAUCAUAUCUAGUCCCCAUGCUACAUAUAUUAACAGAGGGCAAUUACUUCAGAUCUCCCAGGCCCAUGUAUCGGACGCAGGCCAGUAUAUUUGUCGUGUCACCAGCAUCUCCGGAAUUGCUGAAAGAUACUAUGUGUUGGAUGUGUAUGUUCCUCCUCACAUUGAAGGUGGAGGUCCCAAUGGUCCUCUGCAUAAGAAGGUGUCUGCCAGUAGCUCGGUGGUUCUGCAAUGUGAAGCAUCUGGUUAUCCCUCUCCUGUUCUCACUUGGUUGAAGGACGGAGUACCAGUGAAACCUAGUGAUAACACCCGUGUCCUUCAGGGAGGCAGAAAGUUAGAAAUCCUUAAUGCAGCUGUACCCAAUGCAGGUGGAUACGUUUGCGUGGCGAGCAGUAUUUCUGGAGAAAGCAAAAUAGAGUACACCGUUGAUGUUUUGGUGCCACCAAAUAUAGAAGGAAAUGAUGCCACAGACACCACCGUGGUUAUCCAAAAUCCACUGAAACUGAAGUGUGAUGCAACAGGAAAUCCUCCUCCAAAUAUCAUGUGGCUAAAGGAUGGACAACCUAUUAAAACAAUGGCUGGUGUUCAAAUUUUAGCUAAUGGCCAGAAGUUAAUCAUCUCUCAAACUCAAGUCUCUGACACAGGCAGAUACCAAUGUGUAGCUACAAAUGAAGCUGGCAGUCAACGGCGGGAAUUCAAUGUCAUAGUACAGGUUUCACCAACAAUUAGAUCAACAGGACCUUCUGAACGAACAGUAGUUGUCCACAAAACUAUAAACUUGCAGUGUGUAGCCAAUGGCAUUCCAUAUCCUGCCAUUACCUGGCUCAAAGAUGGACGUCCAAUAAACACAGCAGGAGGAAACAUUAAGCUGGAGUCUGCGGGUCGCAUGCUGCAGAUUGUGAAUGCCUUGCUGGAGGAUGCAGGCCAAUAUUCCUGUGUCGCAACUAAUUCAGCUGGAGAAGCACAGCAACACAUUAGACUCUAUGUACAUGAACCUCCAAGCAUUGAAGAUGGAGGCCUAACUCUAAAUGAAACAGUGAUUGUUAGGAAUCCAGUAGAAUUGAAAUGCAAAGCAUCAGGAAAUCCAAUACCAGCUGUGACUUGGUACAAAGACAAUCAGCCAAUCAGCAUAAGCAUGGCAGCUUCCAUACUGAAUCGGGGUCAGCUUCUGCAGAUUGCCAGUGCUCAGGUAGCAGACAGGGGCAUGUACAAAUGUGCAGCUGUCAAUUUAGCAGGUUCUGCUGAGAUAUUCUACGAUUUGAAGGUUUAUGUUCCUCCAACAAUCAUUGGCAGCAAUGACAUGGUGACAGUGGUGGUCAAUAACCCUGUUAGACUUGAAUGUGAGGCCAGUGGCAUCCCAGUACCAAGCUUAACGUGGCUGAAAGAUGGCAGCCCUGUCUCCAGUUUUUCCGAUGCUAUUCAGGUUCAAUCUAGAGGUCGAGUCCUUUCCAUCACCAGCGCUCAGAUCAGUGAUACUGGCAAAUAUACAUGUGUAGCACUAAAUGCUGCAGGAGAACAACAACAGCACAUUGACCUCAGAGUUCAUGUUCCACCAAAUAUUAUGGGAGAAGAACAAAAUGCCUCUGUCAUCAUCAACCAAGGUAUAGUGCUGAAGUGUCAAAGUAAUGCAAUCCCUCCUCCAACUCUCAGCUGGCUAAAAGAUGGAAAACCUCUGCUAAAGAAGCAGGGACUUACAGUUUCUGAUGAUGGAAGUACUUUAAAGAUUGAGGCUGCUCAAGUCCUGGAUGCUGGUCGUUAUACAUGUGAAGCCACAAACGUGGCUGGUAAAACAGAGAAGAAUUACAACUUAAAUGUUUGGGUUCCACCCAGUAUUCAAGGAUUAAAUGAACUAUCCAAGCUGACAGUCAUAGAAGGAAGUCUAAUCAGCUUGAUUUGUGAAUCCAGUGGUAUUCCACCACCAAGUCUAAUGUGGAUGAAAAAUGGAUCUCCAUUGCUAAAUGACCAUAUUGGACAAGUCCGUAUUGUCUCUGGAGGGCGACAGCUCCAAAUCUCAAAUGCUAAAAUAUCUGACGGUGCAUCCUACACUUGUGUGGCAUCUAAUAUCGCUGGAAAUAGCAUAAAAGAAUACACAUUGGAGGUUUAUGUCCGGCCAACUAUUAGUAAUAGUGGAAGUCACCUGAAUGAAGUCAGUGUUAUUCGGGGGAAUGACAUUACCUUAGAGUGCAAAACCCAGGGGAUUCCUCGUCCUGCACUGACAUGGAUGAAAGAUGGCCGCCCUCUUGUGAAUAGCAGAAGAGUGAGCAUCCUGAAUGAUGGACAGCUAUUACGGGUUCAGAACACACAGAUUUUUGACGCUGGCCGCUAUGUGUGUGUGGCUGAGAGUGUAGCAGGACAGGUUGAUAAGAGAUAUAACCUUAACGUACAUGUGCCACCGAGUAUUAAUGGAGCCCAGGGAGUGCCAGAGAACAUCAGUGUUGUGGUUAACAAUCCUGUGGUGUUGGCCUGCGAAGCCUCAGGCAUCCCUCUUCCAUCAAUCACUUGGUUGAAAAAUGGACAGCCAAUCAGCCUGAACAGUGCUUUCAGAAUUCUCUCCGGAGGUUGGAUACUGCGCUUGAUGCACCCUGCAGUGGAAGAUUCAGGGAGAUACUCCUGUGUGGUUACAAAUGCUGCAGGAGAAGACAGCAAGAACUUUAACCUUAAUGUCUUAGUACCACCAAGCAUCGUUAAUGAAGAUAAAAUAGAAGAUCUGAAAAUCAAGGAGAAACAAAGCAUUACCUUUACCUGUGAGGCUUCAGGCAAUCCUGUUCCACAAAUAAAAUGGAUGAAAGAUGGUCAACCUCUGACUGAAGACCAGCAGCAUCAGAUUCUGUCCAGCGGGCGCUUUCUCCAGAUUGAGCGUGCCCAUGUGUCUGAUGCAGGUCGAUACACCUGCAUUGCUUCAAACACAGCUGGAGAUAAGAACAAAAACUUUAACCUACAUGUUUUAGUUUCUCCAAAGAUUCCAGGUGUUGAUGCACAGGGCACGCCAGAGGACAUUAUUGUUGUUCUGAAUAGCCCCACCUCCCUUGUGUGUGAGGCACAAUCAUACCCUCCAGCAACCAUUACUUGGCUCAAGGAUGGAGCACCUUUUGACUCUAACAAAAAUGUCCAGAUUCUUCCAGGAGGCCGAACACUUCAAAUUCUGAAUGCUAAAGAGAAGGAUGCAGGAAGAUAUACCUGUAUAGCUACUAAUGAAGCUGGAGAAACACUUAAGCAUUAUGAAGUAAAAGUAUACAUCCCGCCUACCAUCAAUAAAGAUGAUGUACCAGGUUUUGGUUUGUCACCUAAAGAAAUUAAGAUCAAAGUAAACAGCAGCCUGACUCUACAAUGUGAAUCUCAUGCAAUUCCAGCAGCUACCCUUCACUGGUACAAAGACGGACAGCCUCUCAAAAAAGAUGAUCAUAUUACUAUCACAGCAAAUGGACAUAUCAUUCAGAUCAAGAAUGCUCAGCUUUCAGAUACAGGACGAUAUACCUGUGUUGCCACCAAUGUCGCUGGAGAGGAUGAAAAAGACUAUGAUGUGAAUGUUCAAGUUCCACCAAGCUUUGUGAAGCCAGUACAUGUUCGUGAUACAAAGGGCAGUGCACUGGAAGGGAGCAGAAGUGUUGACUUUAAGGAUGUAGUCAUGAAUAACCCAAUCUCCCUGUACUGUGAGACCAAUGCUGUUCCACCUCCAUCUCUCACUUGGUAUAAAGAUAGAAAAUUGUUGACAUCCAAUGACAAAGUGUUGAUUUUGCCAGGAGGACGUGUGUUACAAAUACCCAGAGCACAAAUAGAGGAUGCUGGGAGAUAUACUUGUGUGGCUACGAAUGAAGCAGGCGAGGAUUCCAUUCAGUAUGAAUUGAGAGUUAUGACUCCUCCUACCAUUAAAGGAGCUGAUAGUGAUUUACCAGAAGAAGUUAUUGUGCUGAUAAACAAGACUACCAUGUUGGACUGUAUGGUUAGUGGAACUCCCAAUCCCAAAAUCACCUGGCUAAAGGAUGGUCAGCCAUUGAAAGCAGACAACACACACAAAAUCCUGUCCAAUGGACGAACUCUGCAGAUCCUCAGCGCUCAUGUUUCAGAUACAGGCAGAUAUGUUUGUGUUGCAGAAAAUGUAGCUGGAAACACAGAAAAAUAUUUCAACUUGAAUGUCCAUGUGCCUCCCAUUAUCAUGGGCACCAGCCCAGAGAACAUGACCGUUGUUAUAAACAACUUCAUAUCUUUGAUGUGUGAAGCCACAGCAUUUCCACCACCCAGUCUUAGUUGGCUUAAGGAUGGGAAACCUCUGCAGUCCAACACCAACGUUAUUAUUUUGCCAGGAGGUCGAACUGUCCAGUUGCCUCGAGCUAAGCAGUCAGAUGGAGGAAAAUAUGCAUGCUUAGCCAUGAAUCAAGCAGGAGAAGCUGAAAAGCAGAUUUACCUCACUGUUUAUGUUCCUCCAACCAUUAAGGAUCGUGCAGGGGAUUCUCCUCAAGUAAUCAGUAUCCGCACUGGAAACACAGUCACGUUGGAAUGUGAAUCAAAUGCUGUACCACCACCUGUCAUCACCUGGUUUAAGAAUGGGCGGCCAAUCACAGAAUCCAACAAUAUUCGUACUCUUGCCAAUGGGCAAAGGCUGGAGAUCACAGGUGCAGAGGUUUCAGACACAGGGCAAUAUGUUUGUAAAGCAAUAAACAUUGCUGGACAAGUGGAUAAGAACUUCCACCUCAAUGUACACGUCCCACCCAGUAUUGAAGGCUUGGCAGAAGAAAAAAUCAGUGAGAUCAUUAGCAAUCCUGUCACUUUUGCAUGUGAUGCUACUGGCAUUCCUCCACCAACAUUAACUUGGCUGAAGAACGGGAGGACUUUUGCAAAUGCCGAGUCCUUGGAAAUGCACAUCCUCUCUGGAGGAAACAAACUCCAAAUUGCUCGUUCACAGCUGUCAGACAGUGGAACUUACACCUGUGUGGCAUCAAAUGUGGAGGGAACAGCACGGAAAAACUAUAUCCUGACAAUUCAAAUUCCUCCUAACAUAUUCGGUGCGGAGAUGCCCAGCGAUGUCAGUGUUCUAGUGGGUGAAAAUGUGAAGCUGAUUUGUGCUGCAGAUGGUAAUCCCAGACCUUCUAUUCAGUGGCUCAAAGAUGGAAAACCCCUUACUGCUGAUGAUGAUGAACGAUUGAGAGUGAGUCCAGACGGUAGCGCCUUCCACAUUAAUGGUACAGUGACUACGGACAUUGGUAAAUACACUUGUGUGGCCACCAAUUCUGCUGGUGAGGAAGAUCGGAUUUUCAAUCUCAACGUUUAUGUUCCACCAACCAUUUAUAGUGAUCUGAAUGGGAACCAGGAAGUCACAACUAUACUGGACAACUCUGUUAACAUUGAGUGUAUGGCUUCAGGUUCCCCUCCUCCACAACUGAACUGGUUAAAGAAUGGACUACCUCUGCCCAUUUCCUCUCAGAUCAGACUUCUAUCUGCUGGGAAAGUUUUGAGAAUUGUGCGAACACAAGUGUCGGAUGCUGGUACAUAUACUUGUGUGGCCUCUAAUCGAGCUGGUGUCGAUAACAAACAUUACAACCUAAUAGUGUACGUCCCUCCAAGGUUGGAUGAUGCUGGCAGCACAGAAGAGCUCACUGUAAUAAAGGGAAAUUCAGCUUCCCUAACCUGCAUUACUGAUGGAACUCCAACUCCAACACUAGCCUGGCUUAAAGAAGCAUUACCUCUCAAAUUAGGCCCUCAUAUGACAGUUAGAAACCAGGGGAUGUUGUUGCAGAUUUCCAUGACUGAUGUGAAAGACACUGGAAGGUACACCUGUGUGGCAGCCAAUGAAGCUGGUGAGGUGAACAAACACUUCAAUUUGAAGGUGCUGGAUCCCCCUCGUAUAAAUAACUCCAAUUUCACAGAGGAAGCCUCUGUAGUUGUGAACAAUCCUCUCGAACUUCACUGUGUUGCCAGUGGUAUCCCAACUCCCACACUGACUUGGAUUAAGGAUGGAAGGCCACUGCCCCACACAGAUUCCGUUCAUAUCCUUCGUGGUGGUCAAGUGUUGAGAAUAUUAAAUGCCCAGGUUCAAGAUACAGGUCGGUAUACUUGUCUGGCUUCCAGUACAGCAGGAGACGAUGACAGAGAGUAUUUGGUAAGAGUACAUGUGCCACCAAACAUUGCUGGUCAAAGUGGGCCUCAGGUCUUGGCUGUGCUGCGGAAUGGACAGGUAAUCCUGGAGUGCAAGUCUGAUGCUGUACCACCUCCAACAUUAACCUGGUUAAAAGACGGAAAGCCACUCCAGGCCACCCCUCGUUUACGCAUCCUAUCCAGUGGGCGAUACCUUCAGAUUAAUAAUGUUGAGCUUGCGGAUUCGGCUCAAUAUACUUGCGUUGCAAGCAAUGUUGCGGGAAACAUGACAAGGGAAUUUACCUUAGCAGUGAAUGUUGCUCCAACAAUAAAAGAAGGUUCACAGACAGUGAUCGUCCACAGGAACCAGCUAGCAGUACUGAAAUGUGUGGUAGAUGGGGUACCAACUCCUCAGGUCACCUGGAGAAAGGAUGGUACUAUUCUUUCAACAAGCAACCUGCGGUAUUCAUUCCUUGGUGAUGGCUCUUUGCGUAUUGGCUCAACUCAAGUAACAGAUACAGGUCGUUAUCUGUGUAUGGCAACCAAUGCAGCUGGAACAGCUCGUAAGCGAAUUGAUGUGCAAGUCUAUGUUCCUCCAUCUAUUGCUGCUGACCUCAACAAUAACACCGUUCUUGUCAAUGUUCAGACUACUCUGACUUGUGAAGCUACAGGUAUCCCAAAGCCUACGGUCAGCUGGAAGAAGAAUGGACGCAUACUCAACACUGAUCAGAAUCAGAAUAUGUACAGACUGCUUUCAUCUGGUUCUCUUGUAAUCAUCUCACCCACUGUGGAAGACAGUGGAAACUAUGAGUGUAAAGUCUCAAAUUAUGCUGGGGAAGAUCAGAGAUUUGUCAGACUUACAGUACAAGUUCCCCCUUCAAUUGCCGAUGAAGCUACAGAUUUGUUGGUAACAAAGUUGUCACCAGCUGUUAUUACAUGCACAGCAUCUGGUGUUCCAGCACCAAAAAUCCAUUGGACCAAAGAUGGGGUCAAGUUGCCACGUCAAGGAGAAGGCUACCUUAUUCUAUCCACAGGAACUAUUGAUAUCAGUACUGCCCAGCUCAGCCAUACAGGAAAAUACACGUGUGUUGCAAAGAAUGCUGCUGGUACUGCCCACCGGCAAGUCAACCUCAGAGUACAAGAACUUCCUGUCAUUCAAACUCAGCCAAGCAAACUAGAUGUGAUUCUGAACAAUUCCAUUAUUCUUCCAUGUGAGGCCACUGGCACGCCAACCCCCACUAUUACCUGGCAGAAGGAAGGCAUCAGCAUUAACACAGAAGGAGGUGAUUACACCGUUCUUCCCAAUGGAAGUCUUCAGAUUACUCAAGCUGCAAUAAAAGAUACUGGAACGUACAUAUGUGUUGCACAGAACCCAACAGGCACAGCUCUGGGAAAGAUAAAACUGAGGGUACAAGUUCCUCCAGUGAUAAUGGCCCAUCCUAAGAACUAUAUUGUUGCUUUGGAUAAAUCAGUCACCAUGCUCUGUGAGGCUAAGGGCUACCCAAUGCCUGAAGUCACCUGGAACAAAGAUGGACAACCAGUUACAGAGAGCAUUCGCCAGAGGAUCCUCAGUACCGGAGCUCUGCAGAUUGCAUUUGUCCAACCAAGAGACACUGGACGAUACACUUGUACAGCAUCCAAUCUUGCAGGUUCUCGCAGCUCUGUCAUGGUUUUGACUGUUCACAUCCCACCAACUAUUCAUACAACAGACAUUGAAUAUACUGUAGUUAAAGAAUCGCAGGCAACAUUACCAUGCAUUGCUGAUGGUGUUCCUGAGCCAGUGAUUACCUGGAAGAAAGAUGGCAAAGUCUUGCACAAUAUACCAAGAAAAUACAGGUUGAUGCUGUCAGGAGAACUCAUCGUGGAAAACACCAUGCCCGAUGACACUGGUAACUACACUUGUGUAGCUACCAAUAUGGCUGGCCAGGACACCAAGACCUUCAGCCUGACAGUUUAUGUUCAUCCAGCAUUUACCGAAUUGCCAGGAGAUGCAUCUUUAAACAAAGGGGAACGUCUAUCAUUGAACUGUGCAGCAAAUGGUAUUCCUACUCCCAAAAUCAUCUGGACAUUCAACAACAGCAUUAAGUCAGCCCAAUACAAUAAUGCCAGUGGACAGAGCAAACUGGUAAUUGAAAAGGUGUCAAAGGAUGACUCGGGUACAUAUGUUUGCACAGCAGAAAAUAAGGUGGGAUCUAUCAAAGCCAUUGGAUCUGUAUAUGUCAAAGAACCUCCAAUCUUUGGUGACUUCAAUCCAAACCGCAUUGAGCCUCUUGGAGGCAAUGCUAUCCUAAACUGUGAGGUCCGUGGAGAUCCGCCUCCUACAAUCCAGUGGAGUAAGAAGGGAAUUCACAUUCAAAUCACCAAUAGGAUCCGGCAGCUCCACAAUGGCUCACUGGCAAUCUACGGCACAGUGAAUGAAGAUGCAGGGGACUAUAAGUGUAUUGCUACCAAUGAUGCUGGUGUGGUUGAACGCAGUGUAACCCUAACUCUGCAAAGUUCACCAGUGUUUACAGUCGAACCCAUGGAUACUGUCAUUGAUGCUGGCGCCAUAGUGAUGCUAAACUGUCAAGCAGUUGGAGAGCCACUACCAACUGUUGAGUGGUCCCGUCAAGGACAGCCACUGAUAGAAAAUGAAAGGAUCGCAAUCUUAUCUAACAACUCACUGCGGCUUACUGCUGUGAAGAAGGAGGACACGUCAGAGUAUGAGUGUGUGACCAGGAAUCUCAUGGGUUCAGCGCUUGUCAAAAUCACCCUGACAGUACAAGUGCAUGGUGGAUUUUCUGAAUGGUUACAGUGGGAUCCAUGUAGUGUUACCUGUGGACAAGGAAUGCAGAAACGAUUGCGACUUUGUAAUAAUCCAAUGCCUGCAAAUGGAGGACGCCAUUGUGAAGGCACUGAUUCAGAAACACGCAGGUGUCAAUCUAAACCUUGCCCAGUGGAUGGCAGUUGGUCAGAGUGGAGCCAGUGGGAGGAAUGUUCUCGUACCUGUGGCCAGGGCAACAGGACACGGACCAGGACGUGUACUAAUCCACCAGUGCAAUAUGGAGGGAAACGGUGUGAUGGCAAUGCUGUGGAGGCUAUCAUGUGUAAUAUCCGGCCUUGUCCAGUUGUUGGUGGCUGGGGUUCCUGGUUGCCAUGGGGACCAUGCAGUGAAACCUGUGGUAAAGGGAUUCAGACGAGACUGAGACUUUGCAACAAUCCUCCUCCAUCAUUUGAUGGGGCCAACUGUGAGGGGCAAGAUGCACAGACACGUGUUUGUAAGAACAGGCUCUGUCCAGUGGAUGGAAAAUGGACAUCAUGGGUCAGUUGGACAGCAUGUAGUGUGUCCUGUGGAGGAGGCACUCGCCAAAGGGCCAGAACAUGUUCAGAUCCAGUGCCACAAUAUGGGGGACACUAUUGUGAAGGCAGUGAUGUACAAAUUGACUUCUGUAACAGUGAUCCGUGUCCAAUCCAUGGUAAUUGGGGUCCAUGGAGCAGUUGGGGAACCUGCAGCCGAACAUGCAAUGGAGGGCAAAUGCGACGAUAUCGUACCUGUGACAAUCCCCACCCAACAAGUGGAGGAAGGGCUUGUGCUGGAGCUGACACUCAGAUUCACCGGUGCAGCAUUGACAUUUGCCCAGUGAAUGGAAACUGGGGACCUUGGCAAGCCUGGAAUGAUUGUUCAGUAUCUUGUGGAGGUGGUGAAAAGAGGCGACUUCGAAUGUGUAACAACCCAGUGCCUUCCAAUGGAGGCCGCUCCUGCCCAGGCGAUGGCUCUCAGGUGUCCAGGUGUAAAGUCCAACCCUGUCCAGGUGGUCCUCAGCACGCCAGAGGAAGUAUUAUAGGGAAUAUUAACAAUGUGGAAUUUGGUGUUGCUUUACUGAAUGCUACAGUGUUUGCCAGUCCAGAAACUGGUACUCAUAUUAUACAAGCACAAAUCUCAAAUGUGCCAAGAAGCAUUGGUCCUGCCAUGAGGAAGCUUAUCUCAAUCUUAAAUCCUAUUUAUUGGACAACAGCAAAGGAAAUUGGGGAAGCAGUUAAUGGAUAUUCUCUUACAGAAGGCAUAUUCAAACGGGAAACGCAAGUUGAGUUUGCCACUGGAGAGAUACUACGAAUGACGCACAUUGCUAGAGGCCUGGACUCAGAUGGGGCACUAUUACUGGACAUUGUGGUGAAUGGAUAUGUGCUGCAACUACCCUCAUCUGUAAACCUUAAUGUUAAGGACUACACUGAGGACUACAUUCAGAUUGGACCAGGUCAGAUUUAUGCCCAUUCUACCCGAAUGUUUACAGUAGAUGAUGCCAGUGUACCAUACUCUUGGAAUCAUACCAUUACUUAUGGACAUAAUCGAGGACGAAUGCCAUUCUUAGUAGAGACACUCCAUGCUACAGCCAUUGCAGCAGAGUACAGCCCAUUGGAAGAAAUUUUAGAGUACAAGAUUCAUGCAAUCAUCACAAAAGGUGACCGGAGUAACCAGUGUCCGAAUGGUUUUGUUUUGGACUCAGUUGGACCCUAUUGUUCAGAUGAAGACGAGUGUGCUAUCCGGAACCCUUGCUCACAUAUAUGCCACAAUGCAAUGGGAACGUAUUAUUGUUCGUGCCCCAAAGGUCUCACCAUAUCUGCUGAUGGAAGAACCUGCCAAGAUGUCGAUGAGUGUGCUUUAGGUGGCCAUACCUGUCAUACUGGUCAAGACUGUGAAAACACUGUUGGCUCAUAUCAAUGUGUGGUCAGGUGUGGCAUUGGUUUUAGACGGACACUCGAGGGAUUAAGUUGUCAAGACAUAAAUGAAUGCCAAGAAACUCAUCCAUGUCAACAUCGCUGUCUGAAUGCCAUCGGGAGCUUCCGGUGUGUAUGCAAUCGAGGUUAUCAGCUACGAGGUAGAAGGUGUCUGGAUAUCAAUGAGUGCAGACAGAGUGUAUGCCAGCCUGAUCAACAAUGUAAAAACACAAAAGGGGGUUUCCGCUGUAUUGAUCUGUGUCCCAGUGGAAUGACCAAAGCUGAAAAUGGAAGCUGUGUUGAUAUCAAUGAAUGCAAAGAUGGCACCCAUCAGUGUCGUUACAACCAGAUCUGUGAGAAUACACAAGGGAGCUACCGCUGUGUUUGUCCACGAGGUUACAGAUCUCAGGGAGUUGGAAGGCCUUGUAUCGACAUUGACGAAUGUGAACGGGUGCCUAAACCUUGUGCAUACCAGUGCAUCAACACCCCUGGCAGCUUCAAGUGUCUCUGUCCACCUGGACAACAUUUGUUAGGUGAUGGGAAAUCUUGUGCUGGAUUAGAGAGGUUGCCAAAUUAUGAGAGAAUUUAUAACUUUGCCCAGUUCCCUAAUGGGGGUUACCACAACCAACAACAGCCACGGCAUCAGCAGCAGUUUAGUCAGUCCUCUAAGUAUAGAUCGCAUACGGGCUACAGAAGCAUUUACCGUGCAGCUUUCUCCAGGACUGGGAGGAGCAUUAGAGAAACAUGCCCUCAAGGCUAUGAGGCAAAGAAUAACAAUUGCAUAGAUAUUAAUGAGUGUGAAAACAAGGAACCAUGUCAGCAUGACUGCAAAAACACACCAGGGAGCUACCAAUGCCUCUGCCCCAGUGGAUACCGACUCAUGCCGAAUGGAAAAGCUUGCCAUGAUAUUGAUGAGUGUCUGGAGCAAAACAUCCACUGUGGAGCAAACCACAUGUGCUUUAACAUGAGAGGCAGCUACCAGUGCAUAGACACUCCUUGUCCACCCAAAUACCAACGGGAUCCAGUCACUGGAUUUUGUCUGAAGGAUUGUCCACCCAAUGACCUGGAAUGUGCUCUAAGUCCAUAUGCCUUGGAGUAUAAGCUUGUUGCUCUUCCAUUUGGUAUUUCUGCAAACCAGGAUCUUAUCCGCCUUGUGGCUUACACUCAUGAUGGAGUGAUGCAUCCCAGAACAAUCUUCUACAUGGUUGAUGAGGAUCCACUGAUACCCUUCGCCAUUCGUGAUGAGAACUUGAAAGGAGUUGUAUUUACAAUCAGACCAUUACGAGAACCACAGACAUAUAGGAUGAAAGUACGAGCAUCAUCCUACAGUGUGGAUGGAACUAUUGAAUAUCAGACUACUUUCAUAGUUUAUAUAGCAGUGUCUGCAUACCCAUACUAAAAGCACUUCAAGUAUUUUUUUAAUCCACCCAAGUAUAGGUCAGGACCACCGGGAUGCAAAUGUUUGAAAUCUGCCAUUGUCUAAUACAGUUUUGUGAAAAUGGUGCUAUGUUUUGGCAGUAUGCAUAUCUGAAGCCUGUGAACAGCAGGCACCAAUCUGGCAUGCUGUUUGAACAAGGCAGACAAAUUAUCAUUCUUACCAAUGCUUAACCAAAGACCAAAUAGCCACCAGUCAUUUAAAGUCAAUACACUGUAUAAGAAGAUGACAAGUUCUUGGAGUUAGAUAUGAAGAUGUAUUCUAUUUUUUUUUAAGUGUAUAUAUGAGUAAUUCUCUGUAUUUUCUACACAGUUACCUAUGGUUCAUUUAUUUUGUUUUCUCCAAAAGGCUAAAGUGUGACAUCAGAUAACAAAAUAAAGAUCACACACUUCUAACUUUUA